AGAAAUUCGGCGGUACAGCUCGCCGACAGUAUCGCAUACCUCCUCCGUGUGCCAAGCCGGGAGGACGUGUCGAGUCGCGAGACGCGAGACCGAGUAGUGUGACUGUGAGAGUGUUAGCGUGACAUAACUGGCUGGAAUUCAAAUACGGAAUGACAUAGAACGCUCAAUUUGAAAAUAGAUACGCGCGCGCAGUUUGACAGUGACAUCUAUAAGUCAGAAAAAAGUUCUUUUAUUAAUUUUGAGCUGAUUAUUUCAAUUAAAAGUAGUAUUUUUUGCCAAAAUGCUUCGUUAUUGGUUGUGUUUCGCGAGUGCAGUGUGUCUAGCGGGUCACUGUGGCGCCAAUUACUGUAGGGACGCCAAUCUCUGCUGUCCAGGGCGGGAUAGUUCCUGUGUCAUACAGAAGGCGCAUCAGAACGCGAUUAUUGAAGACUUGACGGACAAGCCGUGCUACUGUGACCAUGCUUGCUUGAAGUUGGGAGACUGCUGUCCGGAUUUUAGAGAGACUUGUGGAGUAAUAGACUGCGUGGUCUCCGGCUGGGGUCCGUGGUCGGAGUGCGACACGAAUUGCGGCUCCGGCAGCAUGGUGCGCAGUCGUCGAGUCGCGCAGGCGCCGGCGCAUGGCGGGAAGCACUGCCCCUCGUUGGUGCAGAGACGAGCCUGUCAGGAGCAUAGGGGGUGUUCGGCUGAUAGUGAUGUUCCGUUACGAGAUGAGACAGCAAUGCUCCUGCCAGGCGGCCUCUCAGUGAGCCGCCACUCCAACGACACGGUGGACAUCCGCAAGAACCUGCGACUGCGCAACCCUGACGACCCGGAGUCCAACUCGCAUAGAGAAUACUGUGCCCAGUUCGAGGUCACCAAGGUGUCGAAGGCUUGCCACACGGAUUCCGACUAUAAGGCCUUGAGAGAAGGUGCGACGGUCUGCGUUCUUUGCGAAACGGCGGCUCUGCGACGAGACUUAAAAUGGCGGUGCAGUGGUCACGGCGUGCCCGGUCAUGCGACCCGGUUCUAUGCCCUCGUGGCUCCUCAUUGUCACGGCAAAUGGGUGAAAGCAGCUCAGAACCCGGAUAAGAGGAGCGACUGCUGCGUAAACCCUAAUUUUAUUUUUGUUUAGGUAAGAAUUGUUUGUUUGCAGAUGUAAGGAUGAAGAGCGCUUUCGCACUACGAUUUUUUGACGCCAAUUGCGAGACUAAACAAUUGCUAAGUUUUGCCAAACUAUUAUGAUAUUAUGUGCGGUUGAAUCCCCUAGCGUGAAAGCUCUCUAAAGUAAACUGGUUUCGGAUUUUGCAAGUUAAAGAGUGUUGAUAAGAGUGACUUGAUCUGAUAACCAAUGGAUGGAGUAUACCUAUACCUAAGUUUUGCGCAUACCUACCUAUAAACAUAUUUCUCUUUUAAAGAACUUUUUGAGAAAUAAAUUAUCACCAUAUGUAAUUGUGCUACAAACAAUACACAAUGUUAGCUGGUCAACUAUACUCUACAAUUAAAGUCCAAUUUUGCGUUUUUCACAGCAUUCAAUUCGUAUAUUUUUUUAAAACAAAUCAACAGUCCAUUGGUUAACAGAUUGUUCGUAAACCGUUUAGCUCGAAUUUGUCUUUUUUUUCGGAUUAAGUUAGUAUGAUUGUUUUUAAAAAUAGCGCUGUUUAAUACGGUUUUAUCAAUAAGCGGAACAACCUCGAAUAAUAAUGUAUUGAAUUGCAUUUAUUAAUUUUAAGUAAUAUGACGGAUGUUAAGAGUACCCACUGCAAACUUUUAGUCGGCCGAUAGUUUGUUUGAGCUCAUAAAUCAGUAUGAAGAUGAAUGGUAGUACGCACAUUACAAAGAUCAGAUAUUUAGCUGGUAUCAGACCGACUGAAAACUUUGAUUGGAAUCUAGAUUUUCUUUAAAAAAAAUGGCCAACCAUCGGGUCAACCUGUUUAGUUUGCAUUGUGCGGGUAUUCUAAUGGAAAUAAACACCAUCGCAUUUAAUAAGACUUGUAAGCUCAAUAAUUAUGUAAAUAAAAUAACUUCUAGGUUCUAGUACAUUACUUUUUGAACUUCUGUCUCAACGCAACCCUGCCUUUACACUUUUGAUUUGCUUCCGUAAAAAUUACGUAAGUAACUUCUGUAAGUCGUAAUAAGUUCUGAGACAUUACUGUAAGUGACUUACAAAGGAGUUUUACAUUUAUAAAUGUAUCGUAAGUUAAUUACAUAAGCUACUUAUGUGAGUAUAAGUUACAAGUGAAAAGGCGGGGUAACGAAAGUCCCGGGUUCAAAUAUGUUCGAUACUGUUUGAACAGAAACGUAUAAUUUUUCAAUUUGCUUUUUUUGCAAUUUUAUGAAGGCAUUUUUUUAUGUUUAUGAUAUUUAAGAGUUAGUUAGUUUCUUCAAUAAUUUUGUAACUUCUAGCAGGUAAUAACUAAUAGUUUUGAUAAUAAUACUACUUAAUAAAUAAAAAUAGUUUGUGAAUACAUAUCUUGACGACUUAUGUACAUAAUAAUGUUAAAUAAACUCAUUAUGAAGUGA